CUCACAUCAUCCAAUGAAUGCCUCUGUGGAUACUAUCUGAUCAACAAGCAGAAGAGUAAAAAUGUCAGAGAUGAACAACAGCAAAGAGAAAGGACCAUGAUGUCCCUGUUGGCUCUGGGCUUGAUGACCAUUACGUGUUUUUUCACUUCUGCUCUGCGUUUUGACAGUGCAAAGGUGUUUCGUGUGAAACCUCAAAAUGAAAACCAAGUAAGCUUCAUGAAAUCCUUGGCAAGCCUUAUACAGAUGGAUUUUUGGUACCCAGAUUCGGCACUGCAUAUAGUCAGACAGAUGGAAGUGGAUUUCCAUGUCAGUGCUGAACAAAGUAAUACUGUUGAGAGUCUCUUGAAGCAGAAUGGCAUACAUUACAAAAUAUUAUUUCAAAAUCUACAAGAAGACAUUGAAAAUCAACUUGAUGGUGACAAGAAUCUUUCCCACGGAUACAGCUACGUAAAAUAUAAUGAAUGGGAUGAGAUUUCUGACUGGACUGCCAGAAUUGCAAAAAGGAACUCAACACUGGUUUCCCGUUUCCAGAUUGGAAACACUUUUGAGAAUCGACCCAUAUUCCUUCUUCAGAUUGGAAAGAAGAGUGGAGAGGGAAAGGCCAUCUUCAUGGAUUGUGGUAUUCACGCACGAGAGUGGAUUUCUCCUGCCUUUUGUCAGUGGUUUGUGAAAGAGGCCAUCAGAACCUAUGGAAAGGACAGCAACAUGACAUACAUAUUGGAUAAUAUGAAUUUCUACAUCGUUCCUGUAGUCAAUAUAGAUGGCUAUAUCUGGAGCUGGACUCAGGAUCGCUUCUGGAGAAAGAAUCGUUCCAAUACAUCCCAGAGUAACUGCAUUGGUGUUGACAUCAAUAGGAACUUUGAUAUUGCAUGGGGCACUGUUGAUGCUUCCAAAAAUCCCUGUGAAGAAAUAUACUGUGGAUCUGCACCAGAAUCUGAACCAGAAACUAAAGCAGUUGCAUCAUUCAUCCGUAGCCACCUUUCUUCGAUCAAGGCCUAUCUGACCAUGCAUUCUUACUCUCAGAUGAUAUUGUUUCCUUUUGGUUAUACCUAUGAGAAAACAGCUAAUUAUAAUGAACUGAAUGAACUUGCGAAAACAGCUGCCAAAGCUAUAGCCAGCCUAUAUGGUAAAGUGUACAAGUACGGGACAUCAGCAUCUACCAUCUAUCCUUCCUCCGGUUGUUCUGAUGACUGGGCAUUCAAGCAGGGGAUCAAAUACUCCUUCACCUUUGAGCUUCGUGAUAAGGGCAAACAUGGAUUUCUUCUGCCUGAAUCCCAGAUCAAGCCAACUUGUCAAGAGAUAAUGCUAGCAGUCAAGUUAAUGGCCAGUUACAUCCUCAACAAGGCUUUAUAAUUUGGACUAGUGCUUUUGGAUGCAUUACUUAUUACUGUACUUUGGAAAGAAAUCAUCAUUUAUUGCAUGAGAAAGAUUUGUUUUAAAUAUGAAACCUCUUUGGGAUCUGUGUUCCCAGGCCAAGGCAAAGAAGGCAUUUCAGCUUCUUCAGUUUCUGAAGAUUAUGUAAACUAUAGUCUCACAAAUAGUGUUCCUGCAAACUUCUAAUUAUGAGAGAGCAUAGGGACAUUCCAGGAAAGAGAUCAUGUCUUUAUACUUACCUUCAACAUCUUCACAAAUUCUGAGUUAAGGGAAAUAUAUGGUUUCAGUUAUUGAAAGAUGUACCAGUUAAGACAACUUGAGUUAAGUUUGUUAUGGUAUAUAUUUUCUUUAAGCAUUAAAUAGAAAAAUAAUGGGAUUUUGUUUUGUUUUUGUGAUUGUUUUGAAAGGAAAUCAAAGGGAACACCAAGUUCCUCAUUAGAAAUCAAAAUGAAGUGAGGCAACAAUAUAAUUCUUUGUAAGAUGCACACAGCCAAAUAAUAUUGUGGCACCUUGUGCAUCACUUAAAUUGAGUGGAUAUUUUACAACCGCAAAUCACAGCUAAAGAGAAAGAAACCAGGACUGGACCAUGUUGCACUGAAUCAGAUGUAUAGCCCUUUCUUUUAACACUAUGAUAAGGCUGAAAACUGAUCCUUCUACCUAAGCUUUUCUUUAAGUUGGAGGAAGUUCCACUAGUGUAAAUCAGAGUUUUUCUCAUAAUGCAAAUAACAUUUCCCAGAGGUGAUUUUCAUUGUCAACAUGUCAUGAGGGGAAAAGAUUAAACUCAUCUUCCCAAAUUUCUGUUGUUUCAAUAAUGGUUCUCCUUCGCAUGAGAGCUAUUUGCAAGUG